GAUAACGGGGUUACGGCCUAAGCGAUCGUGUCCCCGUGCUUUAGACCUCAACUUGGAACGGGAACAGCUUCUAGCAAAGUCUGACGAGCCUUUCUGCAUGCUAGGAACUCAGCACCGACUUACAAGAGCGUGUUUUCAACUGGGAGAAAUUUUACAUAGGAAUAUUUUCCAAAGAGCUCAAACCUGUGUACGAUAUUCCUGCUGUAAAUUGCGAACUAUUCCCGUUGCAGAGGGUCGGCUGAACGGUUCGUUGCAUUCUAUAGCAAAGCCCCGCAUAAGCUCCGCCCUCAACAUUAGCCUGCGGAUAGGCUUCCAGAAAUUUGCCAAAAUGUCGACAAAUGAAGACAGUAAUGUGCCCUUAGAUGAAAAUGGAAAACCUCUCUCGAAAAAUGCUUUGAAGAAACUUGAAAAAGAGAAGAAGAAGGCAGAAGUAAAAGCAGAGAAGCAAGCAAAACAGGCUGCAGAGGAAGCUCAAGCAGCCGGUGAGGACAUCUCCAAAGACAAUUAUGGCCUAGCUCCUUUGAUUCAAUCUCAAAUGAAAUCAGACCGUGUUUGGACAAGAGUGAAUGAAAUUACACUUGAUAAAGCUGGUAAAAAGAUCUUGGUAAGAGGGAGACUUCACACAAGCAGAGGAGCAGGCAAGCAGUGCUUUAUUGUGCUUAGACAGCAACAGUACAGUAUCCAAGUAAUUGUGGCUGCUGGUGAUUCUAUCAGCAAACAGAUGGUAAAGUUUGCCACCAAUAUUACAAAGGAGUCAAUCAUUGAUGUUGAAGGUGUCAUUAAAUCUGUUGAUCCAAAAGUCCAAAGUUGUUCACAGGAUGACGUAGAAGUACAUGUGGAAAAGAUCUUUGUGAUAAGUGCUGCAAGUCCAAGAUUGCCAUUGCUGAUAGAAGAUGCUUCAAGGCCAGAAACAGAUGAGGCUUUGGCACAUGUCAACCAAGACACGAGGCUUGAUAACAGGAUUAUUGAUUUAAGAACAAUCACAAACCAAGCCUUAUACAGACUGCAGGGUGCUGUUUGCCUGCUCUUUAGAGAGUAUCUUGGAAGCCAGAAUUUCGUGGAAAUUCACACUCCAAAGAUAAUUUCAGCUGCUAGCGAAGGUGGUGCGAAUGUUUUCACUGUGUCCUAUUUCAAGAAUAACGCCUACCUCGCCCAGUCUCCACAGCUUUAUAAGCAAAUGGCAAUAGCGGCUGACUUUGAACGAGUCUUUACUAUUGGAGCAGUGUUCAGAGCAGAAGACAGUAAUACUCAUCGCCAUCUCUGUGAAUUUGUGGGCCUUGAUCUGGAAAUGAAUUUCUACGAACAUUAUCACGAGGUGCUCAGAAUGAUUGGAGAUACCUUCAUACAUAUUUUCAAAGGACUUAGAGAUAGGUAUUCAGACGAAAUCAACAAAGUUGGACAACAAUUUCCAGUUGAGCCUUUCCAGUUCUUAGAGCCAAGCCUCAUUCUUGAAUUCAAAGAUGCAGUGCAAAUGUUGAGAGAAAAUGGUAUCGAGAUGGGAGAUGAAGACGACUUGAGCACUCCAAAUGAGAAAUUUCUUGGGAAGUUGGUGAAGGCCAAGUAUGGUACUGAUUUCUACAUACUUGACAAAUAUCCUUUGGCAAUAAGACCAUUCUACACAAUGCCUGAUCCAGCCUCAAAGAUGUACAGCAACUCAUAUGACAUGUUCAUGCGCGGCGAAGAAAUCUUGUCUGGUGCCCAACGAAUUCACGACCCAGACCUUCUCACAGAAAGAGCUCUUCAUCAUGGACUAGAACUGGAUAAAAUCAAAUCGUACAUUGAUUCAUUCAGAUUCGGCUGUGGUCCUCAUGGUGGAGGCGGCAUAGGUUUGGAGAGAGUUCUCAUGCUCUAUCUUGGCCUGGGAAACAUUCGCAAGACAUCGAUGUUCCCGCGAGACCCAAAGCGUCUAACACCAUGAAGACUCGUGACUUUGCUUUUGAAAAUCAACCAUAAUUUCAUUACUGUAGUUGAUUCUGAAUAGAUUUUGUGAAAUGGAAGAA